GGAGGGACCUGAUAGCCCCUCCCCCCCGGCCCCUUUAAGGAGCGGCCCUGGUCCACCGUCAGAAAAGCGCCUUAAAGGCGACGCGUGGCGCGAUGGCGGCGUUCCCCGGGUUGCUCGGGCUGCGGUUCCUGCCGCUGCUCCUGCUGCUGCCGCUGCCGCCGGGUGGCCCGCGGGGCACCGACGGCUACUUCCCCGAGGAGCGCUGGAGCCCAGAGUCCCCUCUGCAGGCGCCGCGCGUGCUCAUCGCGCUGCUGGCGCGGAACGCGGCGCCCGCGCUGCCGGCCACGCUGGGCGCCCUGGAGCAGCUGCGCCACCCACGGGAGCGCACCGCGUUAUGGGUGGCUACGGAUCACAACACGGACAACACUUCAGCCAUACUCCGAGAGUGGCUGGUGGCUGUGAAGGGUUUGUACCACUCUGUGGAGUGGCGACCAGCGGAGGAGCCCAGUUACUCCCUUAGUUCCUACCCAGAUGAAGAGGGCCCCAAACACUGGUCUGACUCCCGCUACGAACAUGUCAUGAAGUUGCGCCAGGCGGCUCUCAAGUCGGCUCGGGAUAUGUGGGCUGAUUACAUCAUGUUUGUGGACAGUGACAACUUGAUCACCAACCCUGACACCCUGAGUCUCCUCAUUGCUGAGAACAAGACAGUGGUGGCCCCGAUGCUGGAUUCCCGUGCAGCCUACUCCAACUUCUGGUGUGGGAUGACGUCACAGGGCUACUACAAGCGCACCCCUGCCUACAUCCCCAUCCGGAAGCGAGACCGCAGAGGCUGCUUCGCUGUUCCCAUGGUGCACUCUACCUUUCUCAUCGACCUGCGGAAGGCGGCGUCCAGGAGCCUUGCCUUCUAUCCGCCGCACCCUGACUACACCUGGUCUUUUGACGACAUCAUUGUCUUCGCCUUCUCCUGCAAACAGGCAGAGGUGCAGAUGUACGUGUGCAAUAAGGAGGUGUACGGCUUCCUGCCCGUGCCUCUGCGUGCGCACAGCAGCCUGCAGGACGAGGCAGAGAGCUUCAUGCAUGUGCAGCUGGAGGUCAUGGUGAAGCACCCGCCAGUGCAGCUCUCCCGGUUCAUCUCAGCACCCAGCAAGACUGCAGACAAGAUGGGCUUCGACGAGGUCUUCAUGAUCAACCUGAAGCGGAGGCGGGACCGGCGAGAACGCAUGAUGCGGGCCCUGCAUGAGCAAGAGAUCGACUGCAAGUUGGUGGAGGCCGUGGAUGGCAAAGCCAUGAACACCAGCCAGGUGGAGGCCCUGGGUAUCCAGAUGCUGCCUGGCUACCGGGACCCCUACCAUGGGCGACCCCUCACCAAGGGAGAGCUGGGCUGCUUCCUCAGCCACUACAACAUCUGGAGGGAGAGCCCCUUCCUUCAGGUGGUCGACCGGGGACUGCAGAAAUCCCUCGUGUUUGAGGAUGAUCUGCGUUUUGAGAUCUUCUUCAAGAGACGCCUGAUGAACCUCAUGCGGGAUGUGGAGCGCGAGGGCUUGGACUGGGACCUCAUAUACGUGGGCCGGAAGCGCAUGCAGGUGGAGCAGCCAGAAAAGGCCGUGGCCCGCGUGAGGAACCUGGUGGAGGCUGACUACUCCUACUGGACGCUCGCCUACGUGAUCUCCCUGCAGGGCGCGCGCAAACUGCUUGGAGCCAAGCCGCUGGCCAAAAUGCUGCCGGUUGACGAGUUCCUGCCCGUCAUGUUUGACAAGCACCCGGUAUCAGAAUAUAAGACUCACUUCUCUCCCCGUGACCUGCGCGCCUUCUCUGUGGAGCCACUCCUCGUCUACCCUACACACUACACGGGGGACGACGGCUACGUGAGCGACACAGAGACCUCAGUUGUGUGGAAUAACGAGCAGGUUAAGACCGACUGGGACCGAGCCAAGUCCCAGAAGAUGCGAGAGCAGCAGGCGCUGAGCCGCGAGGCCAAGAACUCUGAUGUGCUGCAAUCCCCGCUGGACAGCGCUGCUCGUGACGAACUCUGAGGCAGCUGGCAAAAAGCCAGAGUGAAGCCGGGCGGCGGUGGUGCACGCCUUUAAUCCCAGCACUCGGGAGGCAGAGGCAGGCGGAUCUCUGUGAGUUCGAGACCAGCCUGGUCUACAAGAGCUAGUUCCAGGACAGGCUCUAAAGCUACAGAGAAACCCUGUCUCGAAAAACAAAAAAAAAAAAAAAAAAAAGCCAGAGUGACUGCCCGGACCUAGCCUUCCUGCACUUGCCUGGGGUCACAGGGCCACCCAGGCAGACCGUAGAGGACUCUGUAGCAGACGGCUUCAGUCUCCUGCUCAGCAGUCACUCACACACUGACAGUAUUAAUGGAAUGCUCACUGCAUGCCAGGAAUGGGGCUGGGCACUGGGAGGUUGUCUGUCGCUCCGUAGUGUCCACCGUGAAGGAAGGUUUGUUAGAGCAGUGAACAGGCAUAGCGCUUCCUGCAUCAGGGAUUGAUUUGAACAUCGGGUAGUUAUUGAUCAGACCGAGUCAGAUAUUAGGGAUACAUAUUUUAAAAUCUUUAUUGAGGACAUACUGUGUGUUGGGCACCAUUCUUAGCCCUAGGAAUACUGAAAUAAGAGAAGUCGAUGUGCCAGGCACCUGUUGACAGGUCUUGGGCAACACCGAGUUGAAUACCUGCUGUGUGUCGCCCAUUGGGUGCUGGGGAUGGUGGUCCCAUUGGUGCUCACCCCUUCCGUGGGCUGACGUGCUAAGUGCAAGUACAGAGCAGACAGAAAUGUCUUUGUGUAACAGGCCUUUAUUGAGCUCCUACGGCUACGGUGUCCCAGGCCUUUAUUGAGCGCCUACGGCGUGCCAGGCCUUGAGGACUCCCAGCCUGUCUGUGAGAGGACAGCAUAUUCCCCUUGUCCAGAGAGACGCUGCUCUCCUUACACUUGACUGCUGGGUUUCAGGGUACUGGUGGCCUUGCCAGCCCCCCUGGAGGCUGGUCUGGGGCUCCCUUGCUCACCCUGGCUUCCAUAGCUUCUCCCUGCCCUUGUGUCUCAGGUGUCCCCUGCUUGCUCUUGUGUGUUUGGGGCCUUGAAGUGACCCAGCUGCAUCGGGGUGUUCCUUUUUGCCUUGGCAUUAUGUUUCCUUGCAGGGCCAGGGGUCACUGUGCCUUCAAAGCCAGAUCGGAUGUCAGCAGGCAGAAGGUCUCGCUCUAGGGGAUGACUGCCCGCUCAGAUCUUGGUAACUUGCUCACGGUUGUAUUAAAUACUCCUGGUUGGUUUUGGCUGAA